UUUUGUCCAGGGGAAAGAGUUGGCAAGGCCCAUCUGUGGAUUAGUUUAUCUAUAAUUGUAAAAGCCCUUAUCAGGAGCCUGUCCACCUGCUGAUGAAAACCUUGGGCAUAACUCCAGAGACCUCUAAAACGGGCUCCUUGAAGCAUGACCUGUUGCUGACCAUCUCUGCAAGGAAGCACAACUUCCCUGUCCGUAACCCAUGUGCAUUCUUUUCUUUAAGCUUGACCCGCGGCCCGUUUCCAAAAAUGCCUACAGGCUUAUCCUAGCAGCUAACAGGGAUGAAUAUUACCACAGACCCUCCAGAUCGGCCGACUUUUGGGACAGCAGCAGCGAGAUCCUCAGUGGCUUGGAUAUGGAAGAAGGGAAAGAAGGUGGGACUUGGCUUGGAAUCAGCAAGAAAGGCAAGAUGGCCGCCUUGACCAAUUACAUGCAGCCUCAGAUCAACAAGAACGCAAAAGGAAGAGGUGCCCUGGUGACCAAUUUCUUGAAGUCAGAAGUGGACAGUUACUCUUAUUUGAAGAAAGUUGCCUCAGAAGGACAUCUUUACAAUGGGUUUAAUUUAAUAGCAGCAGACUUGAGCACCACUAAGGGAGAUGUAAUUUGCUAUUACGGAAACAAAGGAGACCCCGAACCUGUCUUCCUAAAUCCCGGGAUAUACGGCUUGAGCAAUUCUCUGCUGGAUACGCCAUGGAAGAAGCUUCAGUAUGGAAAGCAGAUUUUUACAGAUGUCAUCAGGCACAGUCAGAACCUCAAGAAGGAAGAUCUGGUUCAGGAGCUCAUUAAAGUGAUGAAUAACCAGGACCCUCAGCUGCCGGACCCUGCAAUGGAGGAUCAGGGAAAGGAUUACGUCCUCCCAUUCCUAAACAAGUACGCAGCUCUGUGUGUUCGUUGCCCAGGUUACGGAACUAGAGCGAACACAGUCAUUCUCAUCGAUGGGGAUGGAGACGUCACAUUCACCGAACGCACCAUGCUGAAUGCUGAUAUUGACCAAUGGAAGACGAGCACUUACCAAUUUAAGCUGCAGAUAUAACAGCUUUCCUUCUGAAUGAAUUGCAAAGAUAAAGUAAAGGGAAGCUUCUGAACUGUCAGGGCUGGGAGAAGAGUCCAGUAAACAACUAAAGAGAGCAGAUAGUCUUUAACCUUGCCUAGAACUCUGUAGCAUUCGGGGGGGAAAACCCAAACAAAACUCCCCCCUCCCCGCAAAAUCCAGAACAGAACAAUUUAAAUAGAAAAGCAAACUCUGUCUAAAAAUAAAACAGGCUACCUUUUGCACAAAGGGAUCUGUGUCGAUCUUGGGGGAAAAAAAUUGCAUAUCUGCUUCAGCAUAAACCCCCACAAUUAUUUCACUUGUUAAUGAGAAACGCAGAGAACUCUGGAUAAUCUUGUACGGUAUGCUUCUAUUUUUCCGCCUUGCCUUUGACCGAGGACAGCUGGAAAGCGAAGUGAUUAAAUUAUAGGGUGAAUCUUAAAAAAAAAAAAAGUCAUAAUUCAGUAUUGGUGCUGCUGUACCUUUUAACCAAGUGGCAUUAGCUGCUUGUAAGCAUUUGUGAUGGUAUAGAAUUUGUUUUUCUGCAGAAGUGUAAGGAUAGGAAAAAUUCUGUGUGUUCACAGUUAUUGGGCCUAUGGAGAAUCCUUGAUAUCAGGAUUGUUUCUGCCUUCCUUUGAUGGCAACACAAGAAGACCUGGUUUUAAGCAUGACUGUCUUUUAAUUAGCAUUGCCUCUUUAAAACUGCAGAAAGAACUGAUCAACGAUACGUCUUGAUCACAACUCGUUGGUCAAGAAUCUUGCUCACUUAAAAUUCCUUGGGGUUACUCUUAAGAAUUCCUUUAAAGAUCAAGCAAUGUCCUUUCUAGAUUCUAAGGCAGGAAAAGGGGGAAAAACAUGUAAAGGGGUAUGGCUGGAGGGCUCUAUUUCCCAUUUUAGUUAAAUGCCUCACUUUGCUGAUUUUGGGUUGUGUGAAUAUAUAUAAGUUGUGUUUUUGUGGGGGCUUUGUUGCAGAAACGGCAGCUGUGUCAUUCCUGGGCCCUUUGGGAGGCUGAUGAUAAUGCUUGCCUCUUUUUCAGACUAAAUUCUUGCUUGGGUGAUGACAAUGCCCCAAGGGGAACUUUAGGUUCCGGUUUUAUAUCCGCCUACCUGGGAAUAAAUCCUGCUGAAGUCAAGCAGGCUUCCUUUUGAGUAGCUAUGCAUAUGAUUGCAUUGUUCUCUCCAGUCACGAUUCAUAGCUGCACCCACCAGAAGCCACUUUGUCCUCUAGGCAAGUAGAGGAUCAAGCACUGCUCAAUUGCUUUAAUUGCCCACAUUUUAGGCUGCAGACCUGGGCCUGUUUUCUCUGAAGCCAGUCUUGUUGAUCUCGGUAGGACUUCUGAACCAAUACGUUCAAGGUUACACCGUUAGCUUUGCUUCUCAAAUUAGGCUUUACCCAGCCAUGCAGCACGAGCGCACGAAAAGCUGGAGAGUGAGGCAGCUCUUGUGGGAAAUGAACACACCAUGGUGAGGCUAUGCGGCAGCAUUGCCAAUUUAACUAGAGAAUGUACUGCCUGUAGUUUAAUAUGCUCCCUUGCAGCUGUGGAGAGCUUAAAGUAAUUCCUUGAAUGUUAGAUUGCUUCCCAGUUGUCAGCCCACAGCCUGGAGGAGGUGCUUGAGUCAAGAAAUAUUAAAAUCCAAGCCAGUUUUUCUCCAGGCAAACCCCAUGGGUGAGGCAGGUUACUUAAAAACGGAUUGCCAGAGUUUUAUUCCCCUGUCUCAUGCCGUAUGUUCUUCCCAAGUUAGCAUUCCACAGAUUGCUGAAACCACCAAGGUUUUUUGCCUUCCUUACGGUUCUUGAAGAUUUAAUCAGUGACUUAGCCUAUCUUCAGGGCCCUGGUAGCGACCAGCGAAAAGGGUUCUUACAGUACAAUAUGAUGGGAAAUUAGGAUUAAGGUGGCAGCACACCAGGCAUAGCAGAACGCCAAUUUCAAAGCACAUUACAAUAUCCAGGGGCCAAAUUCUGUUUUAUGACUGCAUAGAAAAGGGCUGUAAAUGCAAAGGAUGGCCUUGAGUUCAAGAAAAAGGUAAUUGUAAGGUUAGGCUUGCCACAGAAAGUUCUGGUGAUGUUCCAGGGCUUGCGGUAAUAGCCACAUCGAGCAGGAACCUUGUGUAUAAACGUGAAUGUCCGUAAACUACCCCAAGUAUACAUCCUUUAAUAUGAGAAUGUCCCUCUUCGAGUUGUAUGGAUGUCAUUUACAAGAGCUUUUCACUUACAGGCUCCGUGUUGCAAGCUUGCUUUGAGAAGCUCAUCAGUUCUUGGUUCUUAUCAAUCUUGUCCCCAGCUAGGAAAUGAUUGAGGAUGGACUAUCAGGAAAUAAGCAUUACUCAAGGCUGGAUUUGAAGAGUUGGGCUGUUCUGGCUGUCCAGGUUGCCCUUCCCAAGAAGAAGGGCGGAUGUGAAGAUUUUCAUCUUUGCAACCUGUGAAUUUGUAGAAAAUAAGCCAUUCUACCCGAUCAUGUCUUCAUUUUCCUGUUAGAGAGCUUCCCUCUCUCUAUAUAUAAAAGGAAUUUCCCAUGUAAUGAAUUACCAGUGAUCUUUCUGAAUACUUUUAAUUGUUUGGAAUACCAUAUGCAGUUGCCAACAUGUGAUAAAAGCAGUGCAGUUGGCUUUUAGUAACCUGUUAUCAUUAUCUUUUUGUGCUUCCCAUGUUUAGCUGUAAAUGACAGCUUGAUUGUUGGCACAACAUGAGCUUGUUUGAUCAGUUGUUUUUAAAAUGUAUAAUUGAUAUAUCUAAAAUAUUGCGGAAGAAUUCUGCAAACGGCUCAGAUGUGAUGUUCCUUUUAAAUUAUUAAAGAAUUGAGCCUUAGGCGCACACUCAAGAUAAAAAUGGAAGAGGUCAUAACAGCAUCACAGAAACAGCCAAGGGAGAAGCAAUAUCAUCUGAGGAGUUUCUCUCUCUCUCUCCCCCCCCUCUCUUUUUUUUUAGUGUAGUGAGGGCAAUUGAAAGAGCAAGAUUGAAGCUGAAAAAGUGAAAAAAGCAUAUACAACCAUGCAUGGUUGAGAUUUGAUCCUCCCUUCCUUGUAAGCCUUUAAAAUCAGGGACACCCAAUAGUGAUGAACAUUUGAAUAGGUAAGAACUUCUUUACAUAUGAAAAAUUAACAGAUUUAAUAACUUAUUAUCUCUUGAGACAAACCUGUCUUACAAAAAACACACAGGGUCUGAAUAUAACAUACAACCACCAUCACCUCUAGUCCUCGAUAGCCUUGUUAACGUGUCUGACUCACCCUCCUUUAAAUUCUUGAA